AAAAAAAAAAAAAAUAUUUUGAUAAUAUUUACAAUUUACAUUUCACAAUAUUAAAAAAAUGACACAUCUUUGUAAAAAAGCGGAAAAUUCAUUCCAAAAUAACAAUAGAAUAGAAGAUUCUCUCCAAAGCGAUGAUAUAAUAGAAGAUUCUCUCCAAAGUGUACUUCGAAGUUUUUAUAAAAAACUUAAAUAUAUAGAGAAAAUAUUCCUUUAUAUGUUUUUAAUUGAUAUGAUCGGAUAUACAAUUUUAUUUAUCACAUAUUUAAUUUCAACGGGAACCUUUUACAGUAAUUAUAUAGCUAUUCCACUGAUCUUUUUCCCAAUAAUAUCUGGAAUAACAAUGUUUUAUAGCAAGACAAUACCUCAUGGAAUUGCAUUUAUUAUUGUUCAUACAUUUCCCGUCAUCAUGGGUGGGUCACUAUUUCGUACUCAAAGUAAUUCUUGUGCUGAAUUACCAGCAAAAUCAUGCUACUUUCCAAAAGACAAUAUAUUUUAUACAUCAGGAAGUCUUCUACUUGCUUUUUUAGUUAUGUUUACAGUGUUUUAUUGUGUGAUGUUACAUUAUCUUUGGAGAAAAAGAGUAUGGCCUAUGAGACAUAAAUAUCCUCACUCAGAAGCUAAAGAAAUAAUAAGUAUGGAUUCCGUGUAUCAACUACAAUUUCCAAUAUUCCACGCAAAGAUAAUGAUGUUAGGUUUGUGGGUAAUUUUUUAUACAAUUGUAAUUUGGGGUUUUGGUAUAUUAGGAUAUAAUAUACGUAGAAUUGGGAUUAUUAGUUUUAUUGUUCCAUUAGAUAUUUUCACUUUAUUUUAUACAUUUUUUAUGUUGAAGGGCGUCAGGGAUGAAUCAAUAUUGUUAAUGUUUGUUGUUUACAUUGGAAAUAUUCUUCAAGCCAUGUUGUUAUAUUUUGGAACAAUUGAUUUUUGUUAUAUUCGGUAUAAUCGACGUAAAACAUUACAAUAUUGUCUUAGAUAUGAUCAUUUCUUUAAUACAUUUCUUAUUAUGUCAAUAAUAUCUUGGAUAAUAUUGAUUUUAUCAACUUUGAAUUCUCUCAGGUGUCAGAAAAAUUUUGGGAAAUAUAUUGGAUUUUAUCUAAGAUAUGAACCAACACCCAAAGAAUUCAAAUCUGAAAAAAAAUUUAUAAAGAGAGAAUCCUUAAGUCUCACAGACCUAGAUGUGUUGAUUAUUUAAAAAAAAAUAGAAACAUCAUAAUUUUAUUUAAUUAUUUAUAACAAAUAACAAUAUAAGUUAUUAUUGACCUAUUUUUUUUUUUUUGUAAAUUGAAAAAAAAACGAUGCUUAUAAAUCGAUCAAGAAAAUAAAAAAAAACAAUAAAA